ACAAAAUGGCGGCAGCUAUGUGUCGAGCAUGUGUGUUUUGACCAGUUUUCCCUCUGUCUAGCGCUACAGGCUCGCUAACUCGUGGUUUUUAUGACAGUAGGUACGAUGGCCAGGGAUCCGAACUUUGUGCUGGGCUACCUGACACAGGUAGAGGAGAUAGCAGAAGAGAUUUUGACCGACAAACGACAGAUUGUGGAUUUAGACAAGAAAAGGAACGCAGCGAGAGAGGCGUUAAGAUGUCUGAAGAAAGAAGAACAGGCCGUCACAAAAGGUGGUAAGGCCUGGGUGUGCUUUGGAGACAUGUUUGUGAAGAUACCCAAAGAAACAGCAACAAACAUGCUGGAAACUGAUCAGAAGCAGCUGGACUCAGAAAUUGACAGAUUGAGAGACGGGCUGCAGCCAAAAGUGUCAAAACUCAGGGACAUGGAAAGCAAACCAGAGCUGAAGGGGUUUGGUCUACAGCCACUGUCAAAAGAAGAGGCAAACAUCUUCAAGCCUUGAGUUGGAAACUCACUCACAUUCACAAGCAAAUACAAACAUGGUUUUGUGUAAUAUUGAAAAACUUAUGAAGUAGGUUCAUAUGAUGCCACUGAAGUAGUCACACAAGUAAUGCUCGAAUGUAAAAUUGUUGAAGUAAAUUUAAAGAAGAUCUACUAUUAUCUAUUAUUGUGGAGACUUUGGGAUGCAAUUUAAGAGUGUCAGUGGAUCAUAUUAACAUUUACAUGUCUAAUGUGUUAAAUGAUGUCAGGAGUUAUAAUAUGUUGUAUAUCUAAGUUAAUGCCAAAGUGAAGCCAUGUGCUUUAGGUACUUUAUGUGCCAUGUGAGUAUGAUAUGGCAGACUGUCAAUCAUAAAAUGAUUGGCAGGGCAGUGACAUAAGAGUCAAUGUGGUGUAACCUAGUGUAGAUGCUAAAUAUCAUAUUUUAUAGUAAGUUUAUUUGUUUUGUGCAUGCACAGGCAGUUGAUGACAGCUGAAUAUAUGAAGAGUCAGCUGUGUAAUUUGUAGCUUCAUGUAUCCGUUUUUGUUUAACAAUUGUCCCAGAAGGUAUUGUUCAUGUAUAACAAUGCAAGGACUAUUGUUUUUUGUGCAAUGUAACAUUAGUUCAUCUCAAGAAGAUAUACCAAAUCAGGGCAAAUGCAUUCAUUGCCUGGGUUUGUGGAAUACUAGUAUGAGUCAGGCACAUCAUGUUGUAUGAAGUAGCAUUUUCAUUAAUUUGUCUUAGCAAUAGAUAAUCUUCUGAUGUACUCAUUUAUGAUGGUGAGAUACUGUUAAAAAUGUGGUUCAUUAUCAUUACAUAGAACCUUAGUACUAGUACAUUGUAUCUAAAUACAAGCCACCUUACCAUGCUGUACAGCACACACUGUUACCUCAAAUGUUUCUUUCAACAUUUGCCAUGUGGUUUUCAUAUUGGGACAGUUUACUUUGCAAAUCUCCCAAUAAA